ACCUUCUCCCCGGCCUCGUCGCUCGUCCUGGAGCCUGACGAGGACCUUGAAUGUUUUUCAGUAGCGGUGUUUGAUAUUUUGUGAUAUUGAUUUGUUUGAUAUUGUACAGCCAUGCCCACAACGGUGGAAGUCCCCACACUGCAGGAGCUGAAUGUGGACGAGAUCAAUGUGUCAUCUGCAGUGCUGAAGGCUGCUGCCCACCAUUAUGGCUCCCAGUGUGACAAACCCAACAAGGAGUUCAUGCUCUGUCGCUGGGAGGAGAAGGACCCCAGGAAGUGUCUAGAAGAAGGGAGGAAAGUCAACGAGUGUGCGCUCAACUUCUUCAGGCAAAUCAAGGGUAACUGUGCCGAGUCCUUCACGGAGUACUGGACCUGUCUGGAUUAUUCGAACUUGGCAGAACUGCGUCAUUGCCGUAAGCAGCAGCAAACCUUUGACAGCUGCGUCCUUGAUAAGCUGGGGUGGGAGAGACCUGAGCUGGGAGACCUGUCUAAGGUGACCAAAGUGUCUACCUCACGGCCCCUCCCUGAGAACCCCUACCACUCUAGACCACGUCCGGAGCCCAACCCUGCCAUCGAGGGAAAACUGGAGCCAUCCAAACAUGGCAGCAGGUUAUUCUUCUGGAGCUGGUGAGGUGGCUCUCGAAAGUCAGUCACCUCCCAAAGCCAUGGGCUCUGUCCAAAAACAGCUCGACUACAUGUGACCAGUGAUACUUCAAAAGGGUUAAAUCUCAGGUGCAGGCACAAGCAUUAAGGAUGCUAGUUUUGGCACAUUUGCAUGUGUAAGGUCUGAGAGCUGAUUUUGGACAGGGCUCAUGUCCUAACAGUCUUUCCAGCAGCUGUACUGUACCUCCAACAUCGUCAAACAGUUUGAUUAAGGAAGCAAGGAUGGAUGAUUGUGUGAACAAGGUCCUUGAAUCCAUACAGCUUUCCUGACCACCUCUGUAAAUGUAAUAAGUGAACAAAUGCAACAUGCUGUUGUUGUUGUUGUUGUCAAAUAAUAAAGAGAUAAAUUAUAA